AUGACAAGGCAACCAUCUCGAAUCCUUGUGGUGGACGUUACGCCUCCUUUCUGGUCAGACAUUUGCUCCAAUCUCUGUGAAGCCCUGGAAAAUUUCUUUGCUUUGGCCUGCAGUUUGGGAGGGUUAUGUCGCCUGCCUCUCUUCAGUCUUUACGUGGUUCACAAUCAGCAGGAAUGUCUUCUUCCUUUUGUGCCAGUGAAAGGAAACUUUCCCAAGCUCCAUUCAUCUAUCUCAGAACUGAGAUCAAUGCCAAAAGAGGGAUGUUUGCGUGAAAAGCCAGGUUCAUUAAAACAAGCUGUAGAAGAUAGCCUUUUACAGUUUAAACAGUACAUGAGGCAUGUGACAACGGGAGGAUCACUGAAUAGCUGCUCUGUAGAGAUUACAGUACUUACCAGCCAGCCUGGGAAGCAAGUGGUGAAGCAACUCGAGUCAGGUCUCAGUGAGACUGAUUUAGUCAGUGUUAGGCGUUUACAGGUACUGCAUAUAUCCAGGUGUGACACAAUGGAAUUGAUGGACAUGCCUUGCAGCACACAGUCAAUCCUAUCCGGUGAAGAAAACAACUCUGAGUGCUCCAUCCUGGGGACAGAUAUCGACCUGAGGACAAUUGAGAAUGAUGCAGUCAGCUUGGAUAGUUUCUUCAAGAGUUGGUUGCACAAUCAUGAAACAGACAAGGAACAUCUCCAUUUGUUGCUGACAAAUACACGUCUUCCCAGUUCUACAGGAAAAACUUGCCUGAAAUGUGAUGUUCAGGAGCGACUCAUCAGUCCUGCCCUUCUUCCUGGACCAAUUGACUUCACUGAGAAAACUGAGAGUUUCAAAGACUUCCAAAAGAUUAACAGAGUAACAAAUUCAGGAGCCUUGCAGUACAAACUCCAAGUUAUAAAAGCUCUGAAAUCAGAUGGUGUCUGUGAAUCUAUACUCUACGGACUCCCACUUAUCAUCAGACCCACAAACUGCUGGAAGCUAGACUGGGAUGAGUUGGAAACAAACCACCAAAACUUCCAUGCGCUCUGUCACACCUUGAAGAAAAGAGAUUGGAUGCUUCUAGCUCGUUCUGAGCCUCAUGUUGUGGGAACUGCAUGGUUGGUUCAUGUUGACUCCUAUUACAUAGUAAUGCCUUCAACCACUUUGACCCUCCUGGUGAAGCCCGUGGCAGUACAAGAGCUUCUUUUACCCUGUGAUCUUCCUUACAGAUUUGAUGAUCCACCCGAAACAGCUUUGAGUAAAAUGGAGGAGGUAUUGAAUGGGCUCGAUGUGGAAGCAACAUAUAACCCACUGAACCUGAAAAGUAAUCUCUAUAAGCAUCUCAGAGGGACUUUAGUUAGAUCUCCUUAUCGUCAGCAACCAAAGCAAGUGCAGCGCUACUGCAGCAGCAGCACCAUGGAGACUAUGUGGGCUUCAAAUGCAAUGGCGGGCUUCUCAGGAGGGCAAAGGAGAUUGAACCAUGCCACCCAGGUGGUAAUCAGGGCUCUGGCGCAUGUCUCCGUGGCCGUGUCAGCAAGUGGGAUAGCUUCCGGCCACCUUGUGAACCUGUCCACCAUGGUGAACAGGUAUCUCACUCCUCUUGAAACCAGCAGUGGGCCGACGAUGUCCACGUGGACAUGUUCAAACCUCCUAUGUGUCGGCUGGAAGGGUUGCAGUGGGGCCCUCACGUGCCUCUGGAUUUUGGAGGUUUGA